GUCCUCGAUGUGCGAUUCGAAUCGCGCCUGCACUGCAGAUCGCAUCGAGUAGUGCGCACGGACGCCCGGGUCGGGACUCUCGAAUACACGCUUUUUUUUGUGUCGAGUCGUGUGGCACGAUCGCGCGUAUCCGUACGGGCGUUGUAUGCGUACGAUAAAAUAGAUCAGCUGCUGGUGCUGCUGCGACACGAUCGAGCUGAGUCCAAGGGCAUCGUCUUCAUCCUCGUCGUCGCAAUCAUGGCGUCGCGUUGCGCCAUCAAGCUCGGCCUGAUCCUCCACCUGCUGCUUCUGCUCGGAGCUCGGGCGCGCAAGAUCAAGCACGUCAGAUCGGUGAACCUCCAGCUCGGCGGCGACGACGGCCUCGGCCUCGGUCUCGAGAUUAACAACAACAACAACAACAACAACAAUCCGACCCCGAGGCCCGCCAGCUACGAGGAGUUCGAGCACGACGUCGUCAACGUGCCCGGGGGUGCCAACAACGAGGACCUCGAUCGGCUGCUCGAGGGCGCCAUGACCAUCAUCGAGAGCGUCAACGUGACGACCAACUCGACGGCGGCGAACGUCAGCUGGUCGUACACGGGCGCCCAUCCGUUCCAGUUCAACAUCGGCCUGUUCCUCGAGAGCGGCGUCCUGGUGCGCGAGUACGUGGUCACGGCGAAUCGCACCGGCUCCAUACUGGAUCUCGACUCGUGCGCCAAUUACACGAUCGGCGUCAAGGCGUUCGGCAGCAGCUCCAACGUCAUGUACGCCAACUUCGUCACCGGUUACGCGCCUCCGAUACCGUCGAAGAAUUACGAGAUCGCGGCGACGGGCCCGGACUCGGUGCACGUCAACUGGAAUCCACCGAUUCAGGCCUAUCAGUGUCUGCGCGAGUACGAGAUCCAUCUGGCGCUGCACGGCCACAGCGACCUCGAGAGCGUGGCCAGUUACUCGGUGCGCGAGACCGAGUUCGAGUUCAAGCGGCUCAACGCCUGCAGCAAGUACGACGUGCGCAUCUUCGCCGUCGACACCAAGUCCUACGUGGGCGAGCUGAUACGCGUCGAGACCAAUUACACCAAGCCGAAGCUACCUCGAGCCCCGGAACUGAGCGCCGUGGCGAGCUCCGUGAAGAAGAACUCGGUCUGGCUGGCGCUCAACGCCCUCGACACGACGAGCAACUGCUCGCUCACCUCCGUGGCUGCGGUCUGCAGCUUCGUCAGUACUCAGGGCUCGGGUUACGAGCUGCGCGACGCCAACGUCACGGUGGACGCGCCCCCGCCCGGCGCCACCAAUCUCAGCCAGCUGGAGAUUCUCGUGGAGGGUCUGAGCCCGUACUCGCGCUACGUCUGCCUGGCGCGCACCCACAACGAGGCCGGCGCCUCCGAAUGGAGCGAGCCCGUGCUCGUCGAGACUCUCGAGGAUCGCACCUCCAAGCCCGAGAAUCUCAAUUACUGGCGCGAUCAGAACAAUCUGAUGUCGUUCAUCUGGUCGGCGCCGAGCUACAGGCCGAGCCUCAUCGUGGCUUAUAGGGUGAAUCUCACCUGGUUCUCGCUCGAGGCCGGCAGCAAGUCGCAGGCGCCCGAGAACAAGAUGGCGAGUUACAUGGUGUCGGCGCCCCUGAAGAAGUUCACCAUCGUCGACGAGAUACCGAACUCGCACUACGUGUUCGAGGUCGAGGCCAUCUCGGUGUUCGGCUCGAGCGAGCCCGCCAGGGCCGAGUUCAACAGCGUCUCCAAGCCCAUCGAUCCGACGACGACGGCGAGCCCCGUUGCGGUGGCGGCCAGUCGGGACUUCAUCAACGACGUGGCCAAGCGAGCCAAACUCGCCGAGAAGGCGUCGGCCGUUUUUCUCAAGAAGUUCAGCAUCAAGUCGUAGUAGAGAAUGUUUUAGACUCGAUUAUAGCAAACGAGAUGUGUCGUUUUUAAAAAAGAAAUAAAGCGAAGCAAAUUGAUGAA